CUUUUUGCUGGUCAAGUGAGUCGCCGCCGUGCUCUUUCUCGAAAUCGUAGUCUCUCUCCUCCACGCAUCGACGUCGCACCACCGUCUAAGUCGCAUAAACCACUGCCAGCUGAUUUAUCUCGUAUUACACGUAACAAGGGUUAGGUUUCAUCUUCCACUUUCUGCCAAUGCAAAGCUUGUAACUUUGUGGUAUAUACUAUUUACAUGGCUGCUUCUGAUCAACGCCGCUCUCUUCACCACGACGAAAGCACUUCAAAACCCAACAAGAAGAAGAAGGUAAGCCGAAACCCAGAAGCAAAUCUCCUCUUCGAUCUCAAUUCAUGCUCCAAGUCCAAGGACCUUUCAGCUGCAUUAGCUCUUUAUGAUGCAGCAGUCACAUCCGGUGAAGUACGCCUCAACCAGCAACAUUUUCAGACCCUUCUUUACCUAUGCUCGGCUUGCAUUAGUGACACAUCUCUUCAAAACCUUGCCAUUGACCGUGGCUUCCAGAUUUUUGACUGUAUGGUUAGCUUUGGGAUAAUUCCUAAUGAGGCAUCCAUAACUUCAGUAGCUCGGCUGGCUGCUGCUAAGGGUGAUGGUGAUUAUGCUUUCAAGGUUGUCAAGGACUUUGUUUCUGUUGGCGGUGUAUCCAUUCCCCGUCUGAGAACCUAUGCGCCGGCUUUGCUCUGUUUCUGCGAGAGAUUGGAGGCUGAAAAGGGUUAUGAGGUGCAAGAGCACAUGGAUGCUGCAGGCAUUGCAUUGGAGGAGGCAGAGAUCUCGGCUUUGUUGAAGGUAAGCGCCGCCACAGGCCAAGAAAACAAGGUUUAUCAAUAUUUGCAUAAGUUAAGGGAAUAUGUUGGCUGCAUUUGUGAAGAAACAUCGAAAAUUAUCGAGGAAUGGUUCUAUGGAGAAAAAGCUGGUGAGAUUAGUGAUAAUGGAAUUGGUUCUGAUGUCAGGCUGCGUAGAGAAGCUGUUUUGAAGAAUGGAGGUGGGUGGCACGGUCAUGGGUGGGUUGGGGAGGGUAAAUGGAUUGUAAAGAAAGGUAAUGUUAGCUCAACCGGAAGAUGUUUGACUUGCAGUGAGCAGUUGGCAUGUGUGGAUACCAAUGAGGUAGAAACACAGAAAUUUGUCGAUUCUUUGGUGGCUUUGGCUAUGGAGAGGAAGGCUAAGUUGAAUUCAUGCGAGGCAAAGGUGGUGUUCAGCGAGUUUCAGGACUGGCUUGAGAAACAUGGAGAUUAUGAAGCUAUAGUAGAUGGAGCAAAUAUUGGGCUCUACCAACAAAAUUUUGCAGAUGGCGGUUUCAGUCUUCCACAGCUUGAAUCUGUGGUGAAGGAACUUUACCAUAAAAGUGGUAACAACAAAUGGCCCCUAAUUCUAUUGCACAAGAGACGGGUCAGGACGCUUUUAGAAAACCCAACCCACCGGAAUCUGGUUGAAGAAUGGAUUAGUAACGGUGUCUUAUACGCUACUCCACCAGGUUCCAAUGAUGAUUGGUAUUGGUUGUAUGCUGCUGCUAAGCUCAAGUGUUUGCUUGUGACAAAUGAUGAGAUGAGAGACCACAUUUUUGCACUCUUAGGGAGCAGUUUUUUUCAAAAGUGGAAAGAAAGACAUCAGGUCCAUUAUACUUUUACAAAAGGUAAGCUGAAGCUUGAAAUGCCGUCGCCUUUUUCGGUUGUCAUGCAGGAAUCAGAGAAAGGGUCAUGGCAUGUCCCGGUUUCAUGCGAAAACAGUGAAGAGUCUUCAAGAACUUGGAUGUGCAUUAGAAGAGAGAGUGUUUUGGAUGUACCUAUGAUUAAUGGAAAGCUUGCAACUUCUUGAUAUUGGAAGAUUCUUACAGCUUACAUUACAAAACAAGAUCGUUUGUUUUUGGUUAUGAGUUUUAUUUUUUUGUCCUUUGAUGAUUAACACAAACACAUCAUUGGUUCUAUACUUCUAUGAUAGAGACUAUACUAUGCUCAUUAGAAAGAA